CAGAGCUGGAUAGAAGACAUUGACGCAUAACGUGAAACUCAGUCGAGUGCGAUCAGCCGAUCGGUGAACGCGCGUGUUCGGCGACCUGUAUUAGUGUGCGUAUGUGUGCAUGUGUGUGUCGUUCUUGUGGUCUCGAAACGCAAUAUAGCGGGGGGGACCCGUGUCCCGCAUUCCGCGGACACGCGAAAAGGUGCUUUGUCGACGAACUUAUUGGCAAAACUUUCACGAGUUGUGUCCUCUAAUAAUCGUAUACAAAAAACGUAUUAAAUAAAUUAAACGCCAAGAGGAACGCAAUUAUGUCAACGUAUUUGUUUGAACACAUACGAGACUUGUCCAAAAGGUAAACAAAGAAAGAAACUGACAUUCUGCUAAGUGAAUUAUAAACGCGUGAGUCACCGUCGAAGGUCCGACUCCAAGAGGAGGAAGAAUGAGAUACCUCACGUGUCUGUUAACACUGGGAGUGUUGGCUGUGGCAGCCUUCGCCGCGAUCAAGAAUGACGCGUCGACGAUUGACGUGCUUAGACAGACCCUGUUAUAUCUGGAGAAGGAGCUGAGAAAAGAUCUGGCCGAUGAACGUAAAUGGAUCAAUGUCGAAGCGCGACAUAAGUAUUUGCAUCUGAUCGAGGUGUACAAGAGAUUCGGCAACCUGGACGACAAGCAAUUUCCCUUGGACCGACGGGAUCAUCUGAACUCCCUGGACUCCCUGUGGCUCUGGGCCCGGGCCCAAUCCGACAAGGGUGUCGUCAACGGCCUGUACGGAGUGUUCAGGCAAAUGCAGCGCGAGAUUGUCGAACUGAAUGCGCCGAUCAAUGUUAAUCAACUGGCGAAUUUCGCCGAGACGAUCCUGCGGGAUCCGAACGCCGCGAUCCCGAGGGCUCUUGAUCGCAUCGCGAAUCUGAUCGUCAACGAAAAAUUGUUCAUCGCUGCUUUUCAGGAAGCGUCGCAGCAAAUGUGCAAUGAGAUGCAAUCGCCGCAGCAACUGCUGUACAAUUUGUACAAUACCGUGGCGCUGACGGAGAUCAAGGGUUAUACUAUGAUUCAAUUCUCCUAUAUGCUACUUCGUCUGUACAACGAAGGCAAUAACUUUAACGAGGAGAUUCAGACGCUGAAACAUCAAUAUGAGAUCAGGACAUCCGAGACGUUAAGAGCCGUCAAAACCGCAAUGGCUUUUGCUCCGAGAGAUCUUUGGAGAUGCGAUCCGAGUGUACAUAAGUUAGAUGAAACUUAUACCGAAUUGAAGCAGCUGUUUCAAGGAUACAUCGUAAACGAGGUAGAUCUGAACAGCGAUAACACGUGCAAGGAGAACUGCGCUUAUUAUACGUAUACUAAGGUGCACGGUUGCUAUAAGGAUCAAUUUUGCGUGCAACAACGCCGGUGCAAUGGAAAGAUAUUGCAUUGCGAGUACAUCGAUUCCGAUAUGUGGAUUUGUCCGUCAGAUAAAAACAGCAAUAGACGAUACGAGUAUAUUGAAUAUGAGAAUGGUCUCGUUUACGGAAACAAAAAUACGUGUAACAGAGGCACGACCAAAGUCGACAGCUGGUGGCGGUGGCUUUUCUGGCAUUGCAGUUAUUGUUUUUGCUAUUGCGACGAUCACAAUUCGAGCUCCGAUCGGUAUUUUAGUCUCCGAUCCGUGAUGUCCGAUAUCUCGAAUAAUAGAGUUAUAACAGGGAUAAGAAUAAAGAAGAUAAACCAGAUUAUUCAUAUGCAAAUUCAAGAGGGUCAGUUGCUUCCACGUGGAGCGAUUAAUACGUCCACGACUGAAUGGCAACCGGUCGAUGCUUUUUCGAUCAUGGACGCUAACAUUAGAAGCGGCAUUGAUUACCAUAAACUCGUGUGGGAAAAACGCGCUUUGGACCUCGACGAUUUACAGUCGUCGCAAGAUCAUCUCCUGACAGGCGUUCGAUUCCGAAUGGUUGGUAGCCGUCUAAACUUGGAAGUAAUGGUGACUCCGUUCAAUUUCACGUCCGGAUUAUUAAUCCAACCCGAGGAAAAGACUUUCUGGCAUAGCAACGACGUUACUGACAGAACGGAGCUGAAGUUUAUCGAACCCGACAUACCGAUUCGCAAUCCCGUGCAGAACGAACCGGAUUCCGCGAUGAAUCAAUAUUUGAACUUCGCACCGAGCGAUCGACGAAAGGACGCGGCGCAGAGCACGAUUCCCUUCCUCGAUGUUCAACCAAUCAUACCGAACCCACCGGUACCGAUCGCGGGCGCUGGUAUCUUUCAUAAGGGUCGAAAGGGUUCAGGCGGGUUCGCCGCCCUGAAAUUGAUCACCUACGACUUCGCGCCGCAUCUGCAAGUCGACCUACCACCAACACCGCCGGUUCUCGAGACCCCGAACGAGAUAACAGCCAUGUAAAGAAUCUUUCACACUUUUCAUCGAAAUAACGCGAUUGAAGAACCUGUGAUUUAUAUAUAUAUAUAUACACACAAA